AAAUGCGAAUUGAUAAUCAAAGAGGAAACAGAAGAUUCCAUCGAAUGUGACAAGUGCGCCAAAAAGUUCCACUCUCAGUGCACUAAGCUGGAUAAACGUCAAUUCCAACAGUUGUUAGAAAAUGAGAGCGAGAUGUUUGUUUGUCAUUUGUGUAAUGGAGGAGGAGAAAUGGAAAGAGAUUUAAAAGAAAUAAAAACAAAGUUGAUACAACUAGAUCAGCUGAGUGAAAUACAAAAAUCAAUGACAUUUAUGUCGGUACAGUACGAUGAGAUAUUGAAGGGAGUUAUUGAAAAUAAAAAGAAACUAAGUGAAGUUGAGAAGGAGAACUUGAAGUUGCGUAGAGAAGUGAACGAUUUAAAAUUGUCUGUAAAGAUGCUGAAUGAUGGGCGUGUGAAGAACGAUUGUAUUGUGAGCGGCUUAAAAGUAUCAGAUGGAGCCACAGCAGUUGAAUCUGUAUUAACACUUACGAAGAAUGCAGGUGUCGAUGUACAGAGGGAACAUAUUGAAGAUGCUUUUUUUCUGCCUAAUAACAAACCAACCAAUGGGAAGAAAACAGUUGUAGUAAAAUUUUCUAAUAAAUCAGCUAAAGACAAAAUGAUGGCAUCGAAGUCGAAACUGAAAGAUAAUCCCGCGACAAACUCAGUUUUUAUUAAUGACUUUUUAAGUAAGGAGACUCUAAUCCUUUUCAACUACGCUAAAGCUCUUAAGAACAUUGGAUAUCGUAGCGUUUAUGUUCGAGGUGGCAGAGUAAUGUAUAAAAGGAGUGAAAUCUCAAGACCACAAAUAAUAAGAUCUGAGGAAGAUGUAAAAAGAAUUCUUUUGGAGGCCACAACUACAAAAUCAAGUAUUCUUUAGUGAAUAAUGAAGCAGCCAAUGAUGUAGAGGAGUCCAGCGAUGAGGAGAAUCCGCAGUCGUAUAUUUCUUCUUAAUAUGUCAUUUGCUUACCAUUUCUUUUGUUUGAUUAAGUAUAUUUUCUUUUUCUUAUUCUUUAAUGUUAAGCAAUCAGUACUUUCAAGAUUUUUCCAAGUUUAAU